CUGGAAGCCAGGCCGACGUCAUGUGUAGCAAAGCAGAGACUUCCUGUUUUGCCCACUGGUCUCUCUCUGCCCUUUUGCCAGUCUCCCAGGAGCUACCCCAGGCCAGCCUCUGGAUCCGUAAGGGGGCACGAACAGGUAGCCAUCUCAGCAUCCAGGAGAGCCACCAUGACCAGGGCCUUAAAAGAGGCUCUUCUUCAGCACUUCAUACAUCAGAAGCUGGAGAUCGCUUAUGCCAUCAACAAGCCAUUUCCCUUUUUUGAAGGCCUCCGAGACAACUUCUUCAUCACUGAGAGACUGUACAGGGAAUCUAUGGAAGCCUGGAAAAAUCUGGUCCCUUUAUCCAGAGUCGUGUACAACAUUCUUACCCAACAGGAGAAGACAUUUAGUCUGUCAUUUUUGAAGAUACUGUUCAGCCAAAUCAACCUGAAGGAAUAUCCCAACCUGAUAACGACUCUCAAUAGCUUCACAAGAGUUGUCACUUCCCAUGGAGGCUGGAGCAGAAUCACAACCAUCCCUCUUGAAGCCGCAGCCAACCCAGCAGGAAGGAGCUCCUCGAGGACCCUGCCCCUGCCGCGUCUUCCCUGCCGACAACCCCUACGGAGCCUCCCGCCCUAUGUACCCAGUGUCAGCGAGCCCAGAGCACCGGCCCAGCACAGCUCUGAGGUCCUCUGUGAGCUGCCCAGCCCUACCAGCCCCACCAUGGCUCUCCAGGGAACCAUCCAGGAAGGAAGACUCAGUCCAGUGUCCAGUGACAACCUGAUCCCUCAAAUAAAAGAUAAAGAAGACACUCAAGAGAUGCCCUGCACUUCCUCAGACUCUGUGCCAGUGAGAAGAGAUGAUGUCCCUGAACCAAGCGACUCAAAGGAGCUCCAGGAGGCAUCCAGGACACUUCCCAGCAAGAAAGGAAAGAAAAGAAAAAGAUGUAUCUGGGCCACCACAAAGAAGAGACAGCACAAAAAAAGCCACCGAGGAAGUAAGAUGAGAACACAAGAGGGGGCUGGAGGCCAGAGAGCGCUCAUCCUUGCCGGUCAAGGGGCAGCCUUACCUGGGCAUGGAAUCCAAAAGACACUCCAACAGCAAGAUCAAGUGACUCAUAAAGAGGACCACUCAACCAGGAAUGCAAAGGUCGUGACAAGGGCACAAAAGAGGACAGAAUGUGCCCAGAUGUCUAAAUCAGAGGAGAUCAGUGAUAAUCCUUCAGAAAUGGAUGAAGGGAAGAGACCCUGGGAGCCACCCAGCACACCACCAAGAAUCAUCCACAACAAAGAUUCCACAGAUGAUGACAGUAAACUGUCUUUGGGAAAAUCUCCUACGGAAAAGCAAAGGAAGAGAAAAAUACAUAACUGGUCAAGUUCAAAAAAAAGACAGAAGAAAUGUCCCUCAAGAGGAGAAGCCUCAUCAGGGCUCAGAAUCGAAGAGAAGCUCCAAGGGAUGAAUCAGGUGACUCAAAAGAAGGACGACUCAACCGGAAAUUCAAAGGUCAUGACAAGAGCCCAAAAGGCACAGGCUGAAGGUGCCCAAACGCCUGCACAUGAGGAUAAAGCUGGUGCUGGCACUGGUCACCAGAAUGCUCAGCGUGGGAGGGUCUCUCGUGGAGCCCGCACAGAAAAACCUGAAGAUGAAACUCUGGAUUUUCACUCUCCUGAACUCCCCGUGACCUGUGGGGAGGCAAAGGGGAUUUUAUAUACGGAGAAAAUGAAGCAAGGAUCCUCAGAGAAGUGUAUUCAGAAUGAGAAGGGAGUUUGGUUCACACUAAGAGAAUUUGAAAUUGAAGGAAAGCGGAAACAUCUUAAGAACUGGAAGCGGAGCGUGUUUUGUGGAGGAAAGAGCCUAGAAAAGCUGCUGCAGGAAGGAAUUUUGCUCUGUCCUUCAAGAAAACAUCUCAAGAGAGAGCAGGAAAACUCCAAGGAAUGUGAGGUGUGCUGUAAAGGGGGCUCGCUGCUCCGCUGUGACACUUGCCUGCGAGCCUUUCACGAGGACUGUCACAUCCCACCUGCGGAGGCUGAGAGGAGCCCGUGGAGUUGCACCUUCUGCAGGAUGAAGGAGUCUUCAGGAAACCAGCAGGGUCUCCAGAAAUCUGAAGUUCGGGCAAGGUCCAUGCAGCCGGGGGAGCAGCUGAAAUGUGAAUUUCUCCUCUUGAAAGCCUACUGUCAUCCACAAAGCUCUUUCUUCGCGGAGACCCCACUUAAUGCACCAUUGCAUCUCAGGAACCAUCUAGAAAAGAGAGUACCAUUCAGUGAAGCCCUGCCAGCCUGGACUUCUCAGGCCAAGUGCCAAUGGGCAUGCCAACUGGAUAAAGCCAGAGCUAACACGGUUGGCACUGGAGGUACUUCUCCCCAUGAGCAGCCACUGGCUCCUGAUUAUGUACAGAGAGGUUGAGCAGACCCUGCAGGAACUCUCUCCUCCAUCAUCCGGAUGUCACAUGGAGGCCAGUUUUCCAAAAGACAGCACGCAGCCUCAAGCAGGAACUCGGCCAUGAGGACAGUGACCCAGACCUGGACACAGGACUUGAGGAGCAGCGAAAAGGGCGGGUGCAUGUCCAGAGUCUCAGCUGAUACCAGAACUCAUCUGUCAGGCCGCCCUAGGCAAGUGUCUGUUUAAUGUGGAGUGACAGUUUGACAGAAUAAACGCUGUAGGGGAUGGAUGGAGGCAGAAACAUCCUUCCUUCACAUGGGCAACAUCAAGGCUCUAGUUUCAGGCACAACAAUGGUUCUCCAGGCUCCACAGCCCCAGGCACCGCAGUUGCAACAUUCAGAUCCAAGGCUGUAACUGUGCCUGGCAGUCAAGAUACAGAAGGAGGGGAUGGAUCAACUGACCCUGUGACUAGGUUCUGAGCUGAUUCAAGGGCCCAUGAAAGUGCCCUGGGGAGCAUGGGACAGCCUGGUCUCUCUGCCCACAAGCAGGUGGGUUCUGGCAGCCAGUGAAAGGGGCUUCAAGUUCACAGGCACAUGUUAGGACUUUGUUGUUGUUUUGACUCUAAAUUGUGUCUGACUCUUGUGACCCCACGGACUGUAGCCCACCAGGCUCCUCUGUCCAUGGAAUUUUCCGGGCAAGAAUACUGGAAUGGGUAGCCAUUCCCUUCUCCAGGGGAUCUUCCUGACCCAGGGAUCGAACCCAAGUCUCCAGUAUUGCAGUGGAUUCUUUACCACUGAGCCACCUGGGAAGUGCCACGUUAGUACUUACCUGUAGGAAAAGCCAGAGGUGUUCCAGCACAUCCUUACAUCCUGGGGGUAGGAAUAUCUCAGCAUGAGAGGCGCAACCCCUCAGAAGUAAAACAGAGGACUGGUCUCAACACAGGGAAGCAUGACGCCUACAAGUGCUGAUGCCAACCUAAAUUUUCCCAGCCUGAGCCUAAGGGCAGACCUGGCUAUUUCUGUGUCUGGACCAUGACCCUGUUCAUUUGGGCAGCCGUGCCUGAUAUCAACACCAUCUCAGUUUCCAGUUCUUCAAAGCAGUUUUCCCUGAACUCCUGUAGCCCUGGUCCUGAGCUCUUUGGAGAAUCCGGGCAAAGCAGAACAUGUAGAAGAAGUUUUCCAUGGGGAGUACGUGUGAGUCUGUGGCUGAUUCAUAUCAAUGUAUGACAAAACCCACUGAAAAAAUAAAUAAAUAAAU